CGCCCGCUUCUUCAAGCAGCCGACCUUCUGCAGCCACUGUACCGACUUCAUCUGGGGUAUUGGAAAACAGGGCCUGCAAUGUCAAGUCUGCAGCUUUGUGGUUCAUCGGCGAUGCCACGAAUUUGUGACCUUCGAGUGUCCAGGCGCUGGGAAGGGCCCCCAGACAGACGCUGUGAGAUGAACGUGCACCGGCGCUGUGUGCGCAGCGUGCCCUCCCUGUGCGGUGUAGACCACACGGAGCGCCGCGGGCGCCUGCAGCUGGAAAUCCGGGCUCCGACUGUGGAUGAGAUCCACAUCACCGGUGUCAGGUACAAGUUACUGAACCAGGAGGAGGGUGAAUAUUACAAUGUGCCGGUGGCCGAUGCUGACAACUGCAGCCUCCUCCAGAAGUUUGAGGCCUGUAACUACCCCCUGGAAUUGUAUGAGCGGGUGCGGAUGGGUCCCUCUUCCUCCCCCAUCCCCUCCCCCUCCCCUAGUCCCACCGACCCCAAGCGCUGCUUCUUCGGGGCGAGCCCAGGACGCCUGCACAUCUCCGACUUCAGCUUCCUCAUGGUUCUAGGAAAAGGCAGUUUUGGGAAGGUGAUGCUGGCCGAGCGCAGAGGCUCCGAUGAGCUCUAUGCCAUCAAAAUCCUGAAAAAGGACGUGAUAGUUCAGGAUGACGACGUAGACUGCACCCUGGUGGAGAAACGCGUGCUGGCACUGGGGGGCCGAGGUCCUGGCGGCCGGCCCCACUUUCUCACCCAGCUUCACUCCACCUUUCAGACCCCGGAUCGCCUGUAUUUCGUGAUGGAGUACGUCACCGGGGGCGACUUGAUGUACCACAUUCAGCAGUUGGGCAAGUUUAAGGAGCCCCAUGCUGCGUUCUACGCGGCAGAAAUCGCCAUUGGCCUCUUCUUCCUUCAUAAUCAAGGCAUUAUCUACAGGGACCUGAAACUGGACAAUGUGAUGUUGGAUGCUGAAGGACACAUCAAGAUCACUGACUUUGGCAUGUGUAAGGAGAACAUCUUCCCUGGGACGACGACCCGCACCUUCUGCGGGACCCCGGACUACAUAGCCCCCGAGCACACACAGUUUCUGACUAAGCACCCGGGGAAACGUCUGGGCUCAGGGCCAGAUGGAGAACCCACCAUCCGUGCACAUGGCUUUUUCCGCUGGAUCGACUGGGAACGGCUGGAACGGUUGGAGAUCACUCCUCCGUUCAGACCCCGUCCGUGUGGCCGCAGCGGCGAGAACUUUGACAAGUUCUUCACGCGGGCGGCGCCAGCACUGACCCCGCCAGACCGCCUAGUACUGGCCAGCAUCGACCAGGCCGAUUUCCAGGGCUUCACCUACAUUAACCCCGAUUUCGUGCACCCGGACACCCGCAGCCCCACCAGCCCAGUGCCUGUGCCAGUCAUGUAAUCUCACCUGCCGCCACUAGGUGUCCCCACUUCCCCCUC